AUGACUAUCUCCAACGACACCACUAUCGGCCAACUCCUAUACUUCACUCCACCUCUCGAUGGCUCGAAACCGUACAUAUAUAUCAACGACGACGGCACGCGCCCGCAAAGGAACUACCAGCAAGCAACCCACGAAGUGAAGAUUGAGAACAUCCGGGGCAAGGAGGACUCGGUUUCCCUCGAUAAGACCGGCUUCCAGUUUUACAACCGCCCGGCUGCCCACAAGUCGUUUCAGAACGAUGAGGAGAUCGAGAAGGAGUACUACCCGGAGUCCAUCGCGCUCUUGAAGGAGCUCACAGGCGCGUCCCUCGUCGUUCCAUUCGACCACACCAUUCGCCGCCGUCGCCCGGGCGAGCUCGACGACUCCCCACAGAAGCGUCAGCCUGUGCCGCAAGUGCACAUCGACCAGACCCCAACAUCGUCGCGCGACCGCGUGAGGCGCCACCUGCCCGCAGAGGACGUUCCCCGGUUGCUCGCGAACCGCUUUCAAAUCAUCAACCUCUGGCGGCCAAUCGGAAACGUCGCGCUUGACUGGCCACUCGCGCUCUGCGAUGGUCGGUCCGUCGACGAGCAUGUGGAUCUCAUCCCGACGACGCUCAAGUACCCGGACCGCGACGGAGAGACGUUCAGCGUCAAGUUCAACCCGAACCACCGGUGGAAGUACCUGCGGGGGAUGACUCCGGACGAGGUCGUGCUUAUCAAGUGCUACGACUCGAAGGAAGACCCUUCGCUUGCCACCUUCACUCCUCACACCGCCUUCGAAGAUCCGUCGACGCCAGCCGAUGCCCCACUUCGCCAGUCGAUCGAGGUUCGCUUCUUGGUGUUCUACGAUUAA